ACCGGAAGACAAUGUACUGCCACUGACGGAAAUCAUGUUUCAUCCAAACAAGGGGAAUGUACUGCUCGAAAUGUAUUUACGUUUUGCGUUGGGAUGUUUUGUAGCGUAUUAAAUAGUAACGUGGCUCUCGGCAUUUACAUUUGACCAUUUUUUUAUUGAAUAAUGAUUUUUGUAAUUAAAACUGCGACGAUUUAACACGUGCACUUUACAGUCAUCUUGUAGAUUCUUUUCAAAUUACGCUAAACUCUCCUAGACCUAAGAAGAAGAAAAAAACUUUCCUAGACCUGAUUCGCAGUCCAUCAGGUGUGAUGGCAGAGGAGCGGAUGAGAGAGCCAGCUGGUCUGGAUGGACUGCCGCCUAUGUACAGCAUUCUGAAGGGAGAGGUAGUUUCUGUCACAACAUAUGGUGCUUUUGUUAAGAUUCCAGGAUACAGAAAACAAGGUCUGGUUCAUAAGAGUGAGAUGUCAUCCUGUCGGGUGGAUAACCCAGCUGAAAUUGUUGAUGUAGGGGAGCACGUAUGGAUAAAAGUAAUUGGCAGAGAGAUGAAAGAUGAUAAAGUAAAACUGUCCUUCUCUAUGAAAUCUGUCAAUCAAGGCACUGGGCGGGACUUAGACCCCAACAAUGUUAUGGCAGAACAGGACGAACGUCGCCGGAGACAGUUUAGAGAUCAUACUGAGCAGAAGAUCACGCUGGAGGCUGUGCUCAACACCACAUGCAAAAAGUGUGGCUGCAGAGGUCACUUUGCAAAGGAUUGCUUCUCCCAGCCUGGACUGCAGUACAGUUUAGUGCCAGAAGAAGAGGAGGAGCCGCCGCCGCCGGCCAGUCAGCAAACCCAGUCAGAGCCCCAGAAACGUAAAAAGGAAAAGAAGGCAAAGAAAGAAAAGAAGAAAAAGAAAGAGAAGAAAAGAGACAACUCUUCAUCUGAUAGCUGCGAUGAAGACACCAAACGGCCAAGGCAUUCACACACACAUUCAGAAAAGAAGAAAAAACACAAGAAACACAAACACAAGACAAAGUGAUCAUUUUGGUUUGCGAAAUAGUUGUGAUAUGCAUGUACAAGCUUGUGCAAGAACAGGUUUUUUUUUUUGCAUGUACAUCAAGAUUAAAUCUAUCUAAAUGAUUUCGCAAUGUAUUUUUUGUUAAUAUUGUUUGGCCAUUAAAUGUUACUGGCUUCAUGUGUGAAGGUUAAAAAGUUCACUGCACAACCUCCAAAUGGCCUUUCACCCAGAAACACACAGACACAAGAUCCAGUUGCUUGAUUAGAACACAUGCGCGUUACCCAGCAGACACUGGAACAUGCUUAAAUUAGAAAGACCUCACGGAAUUAUAACAGUGUG